AUGAUGACUUAUAACGCGUAUCCUGAACCUAUGAUGAACAAUAAUGGGAUAUCUUUGCCCAAGUAUAGUGUUCCCAAGACCAAGGAGGAUCUCGAUGAGCUUUUGUUCCGGUACCAACAAUUGAAGCGGGAAAGAAGUGAACAGGAACAACUGACAAUUGUUGAGAAUCUUGACAUUGAAAUUAAAUCAAUUGAAAAGAUUUUAUAUAAAGUAUCAGAGAUUCAAAAUAGAUAUAUGGAAGAGGAGAAGAAGUUUUAUGAAGUUUUGAAAAGGUCAUAUGAAGGAGUGGAGAGAGAAGAAGAAGCUUCGUCAGAAGCUUCAUCUGAAAAGUCUGAAUCUUCAACUUCUAAUGAAUCUUCAACUUCUAAUGAAUCUUCUAUCGAUCUCUCUCUUCUUGAUAAACAAAUUGCUGCACUUCAAAUCCUCUCAAAAGAUUUGGAUCUUCCUGAAUCAUUUCAACAAGAAUUUGCCAAUUCACAUUCAUCUGAAGAUUAUUCUACUGAAGAAAUUCUACCAAGAGAUUUAUUUAACCUGAUGAAUUUUGAACAAAGAGCAGAAUUAUUAGGGAUUUCUCUUCCAAAUUCUUCGGGAGUGGAAAACCCCAUCUAUGCUCCAUUAGGUAAUUUUUACACUGAACAAGGAAUUUCCACCAAGAUUGCUAAUAGAAUAAGAGAAUUAGAACAAUUACCAGCAAAUUUAGGAACUUUCAAUACUGAUACUGUUGAUUACCUCAUCAAUAAGAAACAAUCAUUAGAUGAAUUGAAAAUUCAAACCUUGAUAGAAUUGAAAUCACUUCGAGUAUUGGCCAAACAAAAACAAAUUAGGAAAAAUAUUAUAUUUGGUACUGCAGCAAAGGCCCAUUAUGAUGUGGAACAUUUAAAGGAAUUCCCUAUAACCAUGCUGGCACAAAGAUCAAUGUAUAUUAGACCUAAAAUCAUUCAACCUGAUUCUCAUAGACUUGCAGCCAAAUUAGAAGAAAGAAGAGAAUUGGAAGCUAAAAGAUUGGAACAUGCCUUACAUGUACAAAAGGUAAAUCAAAUCUUAUUACUGCUGGAAUCUAUUAUUAAUAAUAAAUGGAAUAGAUCAAAUAAAAGAAAUUCCAUUGGGAGAUCAAUUAAUAAUUUCCAUUCUUUCACUGAAAAGGAAGAAUCCAAGAAAUUGGAAAAAACUGCAAGACAACGUUUACAAGCAUUGAAGGCUAACGAUGAAGAGGCAUAUAUCAAGUUAUUGGAUCAAACCAAGGAUCAUAGAAUCACUCAUUUGUUGAAACAAACCAAUAGUUUCUUGGAUUCUUUGGCUCAAGCAGUUAAGGUUCAACAAGUGGAACAAGGAGCAGAAGUUCCAGUGGAGAAGGUUGUAGGAGGAGGAGAAGAAGAAGAAAUUCUGGAAGAUAAUGUUGAUGAAUUAAGAGAAAAAAUUGAUUAUUAUCAAGUUGCUCAUAGAAUUCAAGAAGAAAUUAAAGUACAACCAUCGAUUUUGGUUGGAGGUCAAUUGAAAGAAUAUCAAAUCAAGGGGUUACAAUGGAUGGUUUCUUUAUAUAAUAACAAAUUAAAUGGGAUUUUAGCCGAUGAAAUGGGGUUGGGUAAAACCAUUCAAUCGAUUUCAUUGGUAACUUAUUUAAUUGAAAAGAAAAAUGAAAGUAAAUUCUUGGUUAUUGUUCCACUUUCAACCAUUACCAAUUGGACCAUGGAAUUUGAAAAAUGGGCCCCCAGUGUUAAUGUGAUUGUUUAUAAGGGAUCUCAACAACAAAGAAGACUGAUGCAAAAUGAUAUUCGAAUUGGGAAUUUCCAAGUGAUUUUAACCACUUAUGAAUAUAUCAUUAGAGAACGUCCAAUCUUGGCCAAAUUCCAUUAUUCUCAUAUGAUCAUUGAUGAAGGUCAUAGAAUGAAAAACGCAAGUUCGAAAUUAUCCAUCACUUUGAAGAAUUAUUAUAGAACAAAGAAUAGAUUGAUUUUAACUGGUACUCCAUUACAAAAUAAUUUACCUGAAUUAUGGGCUCUUUUGAACUUUGUGUUACCCAAGGUUUUCAAUUCGGUGAAAUCUUUUGAUGAAUGGUUUAAUACUCCCUUUGCUAACACUGGAUCACAAGAAAAAAUCGAAUUAACUGAAGAAGAAAGUUUAUUGGUGAUUAGAAGAUUACAUAAAGUGUUGAGACCUUUCUUAUUGAGAAGAUUGAAGAAAGAUGUGGAAAAGGAUCUUCCUGAUAAGGUUGAGAAAGUGGUUAAAUGUAAAUUAUCUGGUUUACAAUAUGUGUUGUAUCAACAAAUGUUGAAACAUAAUGCAUUAUUUGUUGGGCAAGACGUUGGUGCUGCGAAAUCCGGGAUCAAGGGGUUAAAUAACAAGAUCAUGCAAUUGAGAAAGAUUUGUAACCAUCCAUUUGUAUUUGAAGAAGUGGAAGCAGUUUUAAACUCUACUAAAUUAACCAAUGAUUUGAUCUGGAGAGUUAGUGGUAAAUUCGAAUUAUUGGAUAGAGUAUUACCUAAAUUCAAAAUGAGUGGUCAUAGAGUAUUGAUGUUUUUCCAAAUGACUCAAGUUAUGGAUAUUAUGGAAGAUUUCUUGAGAUGGAGAGAUAUGAAAUAUUUAAGAUUGGAUGGUGGGACCAAAGCUGAAGAUAGACAAGAUAUGUUGAAAGUGUUUAAUGCUCCUAAUUCCGAUUAUUUCUGUUUCCUUUUAUCCACUAGAGCUGGUGGGUUGGGGUUGAAUUUACAAACCGCCGACACAGUCAUUAUUUUCGAUACUGAUUGGAAUCCUCAUCAAGAUUUACAAGCGCAAGAUAGAGCCCAUAGAAUUGGACAAAAGAAUGAAGUUCGUAUUUUAAGAUUGAUUACCAAUGAUUCUGUGGAAGAAGUGAUUUUAGAAAGAGCUCAUCAAAAAUUGGAUAUUGAUGGUAAGGUCAUUCAAGCAGGUAAAUUCGAUAAUAAGUCUACUGCAGAAGAACAAGAACAAUUUUUAAAGAAAUUAUUAGAAGCGGAAGCAAACAAGGAUCAAAGUGAAGAAAAUGAUGCAUUGGAUGAUGAAGAAUUGAAUGAUAUCUUGGCACGUUCUGAAGAUGAAAAGAUCAUGUUCAAUAAAUGGGAUGCUGAACGGAUGGCAACUGAAAAAAUUGAGUCUAGAUCUGGUGGAUACAAGAAUAGAUUGAUCACCAGAGAUGAAUUACCACAAGUGUUUAAAGAAGAUAUCACCCAUCAUUUUGAAAAGGAUACCAAGGAAUUGGCCCGGAUGAGAGAAAAGAAGAAGGUUAAAUAUGACGAUGGAUUGACUGAAGAACAAUGGCUUAUGGCCAUGGAUGAUGAUGAUGACACGGUGGAGGAUGCCAUUAGACGUAAGGAAGAAAGGGCAUCCAAGAGAAGAAGAGCUAUGAAUGGAGGUGAUGAUGAUGAAGAUGAAGAAGGAGAUGAUAAUGAAGAAGGAAAUGGGAAAGUUCCAAAGAAAAGAGCUCGUCGUUCUCGUACUCCACAAACUUUUGGUGAAGAAGAAGAGGAAGACCUUGAUGGAGAAGUUGACAAAUCCGAUGGAGAUGAAAAUGAUAUUCAAGAGAGAGGUUCAGCUAUCAUUGAAGAGUUAUGUAACCUCAAGGCCGAAUCUGAUGGCCAUAACAUUUCUGAUAUCUUCCUUGAUUUACCAGCAAAGAAGCAUUACCCCGAUUAUUAUCAAAUCAUCAAGAACCCAGUAUCGAUUAAUCAAUUGAAACGGAAAUUGAAGCAAGAUAAGAUUGAGAGUAUUGAUCAAUUGUUGGAUGAAUUAAGAACCAUGUGUACCAAUGCAAAGACCUAUAAUGAGGAAGGAUCCUGGGUCUAUGUUGAUGCUGAAACGGUUGAAGAGUUUCUUGAUACAAAGAUAUAA